AGCUGCGCCUCGGCGUGCUCGGCUGCCGCCGCAGUGCAGUCGCCGUUUCUGGUCACGCGCGGGAUGCUGCUUCUGGCGUUGGGCGGCCCGUGGGCGGCCGGACUGCGGCUUGGUGGGAAGAGGACGGCACCGUGGGCAGCCACUGCGCUCCGAGGCCCUAGGGCGGCCGUCUGGCGGGCGGCCUCCUGCAGAGGCUCCUCGGGGCGGGGCGGCGGCGGGGGCGCGGGGCUGUCGGCAGCCGCGACGCUUCUGCCGUGUCGGGUGCGAGCGCAGAUACCUGUUUCUUGGGAAAGAUGUGUUCGAUGUUUACAUACACAGCUUGAAAAAUCAGAAGAUGGAAGGCUGAUUUAUACUGGGAAUCUGGCCCGAGCAGUAUUUGGUGUGAAAUGUUUUUCUUACUCUACAAGUCUGAUCAGCCUUGCAUUUCUACCGUACAUUUUUGCACAAAAUAAUAUUAUAUUUGGAAGUCUGCCUUUGCAAAUCUUAUUUUAUGGCAUCAUAGGAAGCUUUACAGUGAUCACUCCAACACUGCUUCACUUUCUUACAAAAGGCUAUGUCGUUCGGUUGUACCAUGAGGCCACAACAGACACUUAUAAAGCCAUUACUUAUAAUGUUGUGCUUUUGGAAACGAGUACAGUGUUCCACCAGAAUGACGUGACGAUUCCAAAUAGCACACAUGUGUUUACCACAUUUUAUGCUAAAACAAAAUCACUGUUAGUUAAUCCAGCACUUUUUCCAAACCCUGAAGACUAUAACCAUCUAAUGGGUUAUGACAAACCAUUCACUUUUGAUGUGGAAGAAGCCAGUGAAAAGAAACAGCUUAAAGAAGAGAAAUGAGUCUGUCGUUUUUAUGUUUGUGCUUAAAUGUGAUUUAUGUUCCAGUGUAUAAUAAUUGCCUUUACUUAUGAUUUUUGUUAGUGACUGAUUGUUAAAAAAAUAAUUUGAAAUUGUAUCACAGAACUUUCCAUUUCCAGAGAAUUAUGUUCCUUUGUAAUAAAAAAAAAGUUACAUUUGAAAAACAAAACAUACAA